UAUCCAGCAAUCAAGUCUCUAAUGGGACCAGAUCCCCAUUUAAAAUGGAUUGUUUUUGGAAUGGUUUUCUCACAGCUGCUAGCCUGUUACUUGGUGAAGGAUUUAUCAUGGAAAUGGAUUUUCUUUUGGGCUUAUGCUUUUGGGGGUUGUGUCAACCACUCGUUGACCCUCGCAAUCCAUGAUAUUUCACACAAUGUUGCCUUUGGAAACAAGCAGGCUAAAUGGAAUAGAUGGUUUGCUGUCUUUGCCAACCUGCCAAUUGGAGUUCCUUAUUCUGCUUCGUUCAAGAAAUACCACAUUGACCAUCAUCGAUACCUUGGUGGAGAUGCACUGGAUGUGGAUAUUCCGACAGACUUUGAAGGCUGGUUCUUUUGUACUCCGUUUCGGAAACUAAUCUGGCUUGCCCUCCAACCAUUGUUUUAUAGCCUCAGACCGCUCUAUGUGAACCCCAAAGCAAUCACUCACAUGGAAAUAUGUAAUGCUCUGGUACAGUUUACUCUAGAUUUCAUAAUAUAUUUCCUUUGGGGAUUGAAGCCUGUUAUUUAUUUAAUAGCGGGCUCAUUACUGGGCAUGGGCAUACAUCCAAUUUCUGGACACUUCAUUGCAGAACACUACAUGUUCCUAAAAGGGUAUGAAACUUAUUCAUAUUAUGGACCUUUGAACUGGAUCACCUUUAAUGUUGGCUACCACAUGGAGCAUCACGAUUUCCCCAGCAUUCCUGGAUGCAAGUUGCCAAUGGUGAAGAAGAUCGCAGCAGAAUACUAUGACAACCUUCCUCAGCACCAGUCUUGGGUUCGAGUUCUCUGGGAUUUCAUUUUUGAUGACACAAUUGGCCCUUACUCAAGAGUUAAGAGAAUAUGUAAACUAGCAAGAGAAAACCUAUAGAUUUGUGUCAUUUGCUUUUAUUAAUAUAAAUAAUUUGCUCCUAAUUUCCCAAACUGAGUUUUCAGAGACUGCUGAAAAGAGCUGAAGUAACAUUCUUAUGCCUUCAGGUUUUAUAUAGGCAAAGAAAUGUUGUUAUGAAGCAACCAAAGGCAUCAAUUUUAGAGUAAUGUAGCUUUUAUUGAAGGAUUUUUGUGUGUGUGUGUUCAUCCUGACAGCACGUUACAUAUGCAUGUAUUCCUGAAUGUAGGGGUGACUGGUGCCUCCUGAGUCUGGGGUGGGGGGGGAUGGGGGACAAUUUGUGGGCGGGCCAAAAGCCCCAUAUCCACUCAUAUACUUCUGUGCCGCAGCUUAGUGCUCUCCCCCCAACACGCCACUGGCCUACGCAGCAAAAAAGUUGCUCCAUCCUGCGCGGUACCAAGUUGAGGGCCAAUCUCAGGCGGGGCAUGUGCCCCCCCUACCAGUCGCCUGUGCCUGACCACCCCUGUCAUCUGGGAACUUGUUAGGUCACAAUCAAAAAACAAACAAAACCCCCAAUGAAGCAAAAAAACAAAGAAAAACCCAAGAAAAUACAUAUCCCUUAAUUUAAGGUCCUGAAUUUUUUUAUGAGAUUCAGGUGAGGCCUGUUUUAUAAAGCAGAAUGCUGCAGAUUUUGGAGAACUGGAGAAAUUUUCUUCAAACAGGUAUUUGGCAUACUAUUAUUGCAAGCAAAUAGGAGUUUGCCCUUGAAUGCAUGCCAAAGUCCCUGCUUUCUUGGCUGUAUCCUUGUAGUACUCUUCCAGCCAAAAUUUCUUGUUUCUGGUUUCUGCAGCUGGGUGGACAGCUGCACUCCUGUCAUGUACCAUAUGUAGGAGAAUGUGGGGGAAUGACCCCAAAAUGAAAGUGAAAGUAGGUGAAAUAACUGUAGAGCCCACAGCAGUGCAUGAUAAACAAAACAGCAAAAAUCUGUUCCUUCUAGUUUCUGGUUUAAAAGUGAGCACUGGAUUUCCAUGUUCAUUCAGUGAUGCAAGAUCAGCUUCUUCAUACUGAAGGAAAGAAAUCUUCCAAGCAACUUCCCUGCAAGGCUUUAAUCUCAGUGCUGCUAAAUGAGCCAGCAAACAAUUCAGCUCAUUCGAUUUAGUUCUGCAGAGCUAAUAGGAGAAACUAGAAGUACAUUUAUCAUAGGCCAUAGAUAUUCUCUAAGACCUAGAAGACAGUCAGGCUGCACAGCUUUUGGAAAAGAAGGUAUCUUUUUGGUUUAUGCUGCAGAGCAGAACCAUGUUACAAGGCUCAGCUUUUCUAGACCUAGUGGAAGUGAAGAAUAGUGGUACUAGAAGAGCAUAUACUGGAAACUAAUGGUUUAGCAUAUCUAAGACAGUGGUUUCUAAAUCUUGCAUGAAUAUUGACCAUCUUAAGGGUCACUGAAGAACUUACUCGUUUCCUGAUGUAAGCUUUGCAGAGGCAGUACAGGCUAUACAGUGUUUUACACUGUUGUGUAACUAGAGAUUGUCUUUGUCAGCAAGGAUUAAGCAGAGGAAUCGAUCGAUCCGUCAGUAUGUUGAGUGUUUGUCAGCUAUUUUGAAUCGCCGCCCCUUGUCAUCUCCAACAUUCCUUCUGCUUUUGUAUGCAAGGAAAAGUCUUUUCAAGGCAGUUCUAGAAGCCUGGCUCCAGUUAUUUAACAGUAUGUGUUCAACUGAGUUGAUGCUUGUGUCAAACUCUUAGACCAACUUGGAUCUAAAUGUGGGCUAUGGUAAUUCUUUGAACAGAACUAAAUGUACAGUAUAACCAGCUUGGUGCAGUUCUUACUCCAGCAAGUCGUGUUUGAGAGCUGGGUAAAAAUGGACUUUAGUAAGAGGUAAAAGGUGGGAGUGGGGCUAUUUGUGCUGAAACCCCAAGAAAAUUUUAAGAUGAACUGCAAGGCAGGCGCUGUCUGCUCUAGUUGAUUAGGCAGUUCUUCCCAGGUUGUACCACUGGCCAGCUUUUGCUUCCUUUCUGGAAAGAGCCUGUUUACUGCUAUUCCAAAUGGUAUUUUUUAGCCAGACAGGCUCUUUAAACUUGGAAAGUCGCACUGGACUUUGUGGAAUCAGAAAAAAUAUAUGCCUUAAACUUUGAUUAUUUUAGUUAUAAGAUGACAUAACCGCUUUGUGGAGAAUUGCUGGCUCUGUAUAGUAGAACAGAUAAGAGAAAG